AUGGCCGACACAACCGAGCAGCAGCAACCCAAGCUCGUUGACGACUCUCCCAUCUCCCCUGUCGAACGACGAAACUCGUUGGAGGCUCAUCUCAAGCACCGCCCCGAGCGCUCCGAGCUUGUCGAGAAGAACAUCCUUCCAGCCUCUACCGCAGCGCCAGGCCUCCUAGCACACCAGAAGGAGCUCGAGAAACACAUGCUCGAGGACAAGCUCAACGACAAGAUCUCGCACCGCCCAGACCCCGAGUCUCUCAUCAAGGAGGGUGUUCUCCACGACGACCCCCGCGCCGUGACUCAGGACGAGGCUGCGAAGAAGUACGACGAGGCCAUCGAAGACGAGUAUGCCAAGCGUGAGGGUGGCGCCUGA